GGACGCUGCUGUUCCCGUGGAGGAGGGGGGCGUAGCAGAUGUACGAGUGGCCCACCACCCAGCCUAGGUCCGAUGCGGCCCACCACACCUGCGGCAGCAGUUCAGCUAAACGUCCAAAAACCAGAGAAGAUCAAAUGUUCUUACUUCUCCAGGGCGCAGUCCGUAUAUGUUGGACAUGGUCCACUUUAGCAUCACUGCGCAGCCCCCAGUGUCUCGUACGAUGCCCUAGGGGGCAGAAAUUGUCACUAAAAGCGCAAAACAAAGGCAUACCAGCUAAAGCAGGGGUGUCCAAGCUGCUGUUCAAAAACCUAGUUUUUAUUGGCCAGCAGCAAAUGAUGAAAAUAUUAGUGAAUAUGCAAAAGAAGCUCGAGUUCAGCCUACAUUCCGUUGCACCUCUCAGCUUCAACACUAGAUGGAGCUAACCAUGUGGGUACAUACUGUACAUACAUAUUAGCGUUGUACAAUAUAUCAUUAAUGUAAGCUGUAGCGGGGAAAAAAAAAACGAAUUAAAGGGAAGCAACCUUGGGCGUUCCGGUGGUGCCCGAUGUGUAGAGAAUGUAGAGCGGGUGGUCGGAAGGGACCGGGACGCAGUCGUGGCGUCGGGCGGUCGCCAUCUGCUCGUCCCAGUCUAAAGACAAGUCUCCGCCCAAUGAGACUUUCUCCUAUUAGGUGACAAAAAGAGUUUUCGUCAAACUUUCGUACUCUAAUUUCGGCACUUCCGUCGGUCCUCACCAUGUUCUCUCUGCAGUAGACGAGUACUUUGGAGGGCUUGUGAGAGCUAAGUUCCAAGGCUUUUUCCACCAACGGCACGUAGGCCACCCGACGGCCGGGCUCGAUCCCGAACGAGGCGGUCACGAUCAUUUUGGGCUGUCGAAAGUUGUCCAAAUAUUUACAGUUGAUAAAAACAUGCGUGAAUUUAUUUACAUAUUGACAUGAAAAGUCAACAAAUGAUACUAACGCGGUUCGACGGGUAAACACUUUUUGACUACGUCAACAAGUGAAGACGUCGCUUGCCGGACGAUCUCACCUUGGCGUGAUCGAUGCGCACCGACAGCUCUUUGGAGGCGAAGCCGCCGAAGAUGAGGCUGUGCGGCGCGCCGACGCGGGCGCACGCUAACAUGGCGAACAUAGCUUGGGGUACCAUGGGCAUGUAGAUGACCACCAGGUCGCCCUUGCGGACGCCAUUUUUCACCAAGACGCCGGCGAGCAGCGACACCUGAAACGGAAAAACGGACCAGUGUAGCGCCAUUGAAUGUGAUAGACGUCAAAUCCGUUUGAAGUGGGAGGGAACAUUUGCUGCCACCCUCCCACUUCAAAUGGAUGGACAUCUAUAAGCGUUACACUCAUUUGCCUGGACAGCUAUUGCCGUCAGUGGCGCGGAAAGAGUUCCAUCCAGCAAUUCCGACCUGCUCCUGGAGCUCCCGGUACGUCACGAUCCGCUUGGUGCCGGUCACGGGGCUGUCGUGGAUGAUGGCCGCCUGCUCGCCGCGCCCGCCUUCCACGUGCCGAUCCACGGCGUUGUAACACAUAUUCAGUUUGCCGCCCACAAACCUGGUAGAUUGGAAAAAAAAAAUACAACAGAUUAGCAAAAGUAUGGCCCAAGCUUUAUUUACAAAUUGACAUAUACAGGUGGCGAUUGCUACUUGAAAAUGCAAACCUCAGGUCAAAGGUUAGACGGAUGUACUUGUCAUAACAGCUUGCAGCUGCGUUAUUUAAAUGACUAGUCUCGCGGCACAAAUGACAAACAUUGUAAACAAUGACUGCAACAGGAAGAGAAGACAAAUUAGCAUGUACAAAAAUGUGCAUAUAGAUUGAGUUGUGUGUCAAUGUCUCUCUCCCUUUUUGAGCCGUCGCCGCUGCCGCUGCAUCCUCAGCUCGCUCUCCUCUCCUCCCCCGUUUUCUCUUCUCCUUCAGUCAUGGCGACGGUGCUCCAACAGCCGCUCAGUCUGGAUCGAGAUGUGGCCCGAGCCAUCGAGCUGCUGGAGAAACUGCAGGAGUCUGGCGACGUUCCCGGCUACAAGCUGCAGUCGCUGAAGAAGGUUCUCCAGAGCGAGUUCUGCACCGCCAUCCGCGAGGUGUACCAGUACAUGCACGAAACCAUCACCGUGACCGGAUGCCCCGAGUAUCAGGCCAGAGCCACGGCUAAGGCUACCGUGGCCGCCUUCGCCGCCAGCGAGGGCCACUCGCAUCCGCGGGUGGUGGAGCUUCCCAAAACGGAAGAAGGUCUGGGCUUCAACGUGAUGGGGGGCAAGGAGCAGAACUCGCCCAUCUACAUCUCACGCAUCAUUCCGGGCGGGGUGGCCGAGCGCCACGGCGGACUCAAACGAGGCGACCAGCUCCUGUCCGUCAACGGGGUGAGCGUGGAAGGUGAACACCACGAGAAAGCGGUGGAGCUGCUGAAGGCGGCCAAGGACAGCGUCAAGCUCGUGGUACGCUACACGCCCAAGGUCCUGGAGGAGAUGGAGGCCCGCUUCGAGAAGCUUCGCACCGCCCGCCGCCGCCAGCAGCAGCAGCUGCUCAUGCAGCAGCAGCAACAGCACAACAUGCCCGCUCAGCAGAAUCACACGUCGUUGUUCCAGAAGAAGAAGUAAAGUCCAACACGUCCGGUGAAUCUCCUGGAGAUGGCGACCAAUCCCAAGGACAGACCGUCAAGGUCAGUCCCGAGCUGACAAACAAAGCGACAGUUUUGUCCCAAAUUUGGUGCUUUGCAAAAAACAGAAAGUGAUGGAUUGUCGUUUUGUCUUUUUGUCUUUAUCUACAUCGGUCCAUCUUUUUUCCCAUCACGCCUCAGUCCUCUCGGUGCUCGUUUAGGCAAAAAAAAAAAAAAAAAAGAAAAGUUUUUUAAUAGUAGCAAAGGACUUGUUUUGUAACCGGUAGCUUUAGCAAUAAACACGCUGGCAUGCGAGCGUCAAUAAAAUUCAUGAUUUGGAACUUAAAUUAAAAAAUAUAUCGAUUUAUUUCCGCUGAAAUGUAUUUGAUAUUUAAUGCUUUUUAAUAAUGUAACUCACCCCUCUGCCGUUGUGCAAUAAUUCUCUUACAGACAAGCAGAAUGUCCAGCAGUACCGACCCAAAUACACCAGAUUUGUCUUUAUUUGUCAUAGUUCGAUUAUAUUUAUGAUCAGAGUUUUAUUGUUCCCUUAAUGUACAUGUUGAAAGAUGAUUCAUGAAGAUUGUUAUAUUGUCCAGAUGAUGUGGGUGUUGGUAUUUUGACAAUCAUUACUGGUGAAAAUGUGGAAUGUUUAUCCUCGGAUAUAAUAAUCCAGUGUUCCUUCUUUUUUUUUUUUUUUUUUUUUGAGUGUUUACGUUUAGUUUUUUUUUUAUUUUUGUCUUCUAUCCAUCCCAAGUUGACCAAUAGAAAAUCUAUCAUCACAUUUGUAAUAUUUAUGAAUUAAGUGCAACAGGUGCCACACUGCCAGAUUUGUACCAGUCAUAUGACGAUCAUUUUGGGGGGUCCCAUUGCAUUGUUUUCUACCUUGCAGUCCUUUCAAUUCCAGAAAAUAAGACAUUGUUGAUAUGCAAUUGUGAUACAUACUAUAUUUGUAUAAAUAAAUGUGCUUGUGUACAGUGAA